AUGCCAAAUGGCGAAGUUGAAAUAAAUUUGAUCCCAAAGAAAAGAUAUUAUUAUAAAUUUGUUAUCGAUCAUAAUUGGGUAUUGGAUCCUAACUUAGCCAGUUAUUCUGAUGAGCAUGGAAAUUGGAAUCAUGAAAUUGUUGUUGAACAGCCUAUUCCUCCUUCUCCACCACAAUUACCAGAAAUUUUUAAAGAAGAUUCAACAAUUAUUCAACCUCCCGCGCCUCUUCUUACUCCACCAGAAUAUGAUUUUGAUUUUGAAAAUAAUAAAUAUGUAGGCGAGAAAGAAGAACGACAUGUAAUUAAUUAUAUUGAACAACAUAACGAUGAUUUUGAAAAUGAUAAAUAUAUAGGCGAGAAAGAAGAACGACAUGUAAUUAAUUAUAUUGAACAACAUAACGAUGAUUUUGAAAAUAAUAAAUAUGUAGGCGAGAAAGAGGAACGACAUGUAAUUAAUUAUAUUGAACAACAUAACGAUGAUUUUGAAAAUAAUAAAUAUGUAGGCGAGAAAGAGGAACGACAUGUAAUUAAUUAUAUUGAACAACAUAACGAUGAUUUUGAAAAUGAUAAAUAUGUAGGCGAGAAAGAGGAACGACAAGUAAUUGAUUAUAUUGAACAACAUAAUGAUGAUCUUGAAAAGGACACAUAUGUAGGAGAGGAAGAAGAGCACAGAUUAAUUGAACAACGUAAUUAUGAUCUUGAAAAUGACACAUAUGUAGGAGAGGAAGAAGAGCAAAGAUUAAUUGAACAACGUAAUGAUGAUCGUGAAAAUGACACAUAUGUAGGAGAGGAAGAAGAGCAAAGAUUGAUUGAGCAACAUAAUGAUGAUCUUGAAAAUGACACAUAUGUAGGAGAGGAAGAAGAGCAAAGAUUAAUUAGUAAUUAUAUUAAAGACUUUAAAAGUGAUAAAUAUGUAGGGGAAAAAGAAGAACGAAAAGUAAUUGAACAACAUAGUGAUAAUGAAGAUAUCGUACUAUUGAUAUUAAAAUGGUACAGAAAAGUUAAAUGUUGGUUUGGUUUGUUUUUUAAGAAACUAAACACGCUAAAAACACGUUUUACGAGUUAUCUUUUGUCAAUUUUUGGUUAA